CGUGCCUCACCACUCGACGAGGGAGGAGCAUCGGCGCAUGGUGCUUGUUUAUACUGGGCUUGGGUCACAAAAGACAUGCUGCUGCUAGCAACCGUGCUGCUCGCCCUCAACUGCGCUCACCUGCAACAAUGCGGUGCGUUCGCCGGCCCCGCGCGGUGGCGCGUGAGCCCCUUCAUGGAAGCAGAAGAGUCGGCCACCAAGAGUGGCGGUGGGGACGCCUCCGAAGACGAAGUGGUCUCGACAACCGAGCAGGCCGCUGCCACCCAUCCGGUGCGGGCGCGUGGCCGCGAGGCAGCGGGUGGCGGCAAGCGGCUGCCCAUGUCGGCGCCGGGACACCGGCGAUUGCACCGCCAGUGGCCAGCUCCUGGCGGAAGGCGUGGCGACGACCGAGACUUCGAUGAGGGAGACCCCUUCUACAGGCGCCUCUUCAACCGACGACAAGCACGCGACGCCGACGUUAACAGGGGACCGCUGACGCAGCACCGGUACCGUCCCGAGCGGCACGAGCGGUGCGACGACGAUCUGGACUGCCGGGUGUCUCCCAGCCAGGUGUGCGUGAAGCGAGCACGCGAGCCAUUCGGCCGCUGCCAGUGCCCCUUCUACCGGCCCGUGGAGAUCACCGUCAACGCCGUCGUGCGAUGCGUCACCGUCACCGACAGCCUGCUCGAUCGAGCUCUGUGUGCGGAGCAGCCUUUGCCAAUUCGUUCGACUUACAUUUGA